AUGCAGCAGCCAGCGGAUUAUGGAUUGGAGACGUUGAAAAGAAGGAAUUAUUCGAGCAAUACUUUAAAACAACCGCCAGUACUGGAGAACUCUGAAAAUGCUGAUCAUAAUUCAGAAAGAGAUGGUGAAAAAAUUUUAAUCACUGAUCAACCUUACUCGCCCAUCGAUAUAUAUGUGGAUUCUAAUUCAUCUACAAAUGAUCUCUAUAAAAAUGAUCAAGAAUUGUCGACGAAUGUUAAUACAAUUGAGUCAAUAAAUACACAACAAAUAUUACAACCUGUGAUUAUUAUCCAGGAUAAUGAUUUUAAUGCAGUUGAUUGUAAACAACAUACUUCUUUCGAUUAUGAUGAACAAAUUUUAGAAUUAAUGUGUGAAGUUGAUCCAGUGACUCAUGAAAAACUAUUAAUUAAUUGUAGUAAUGACUUGCAGCCUAUUCUUAAAUAUUUAAAGCAACAUACUUCUAUUGAUCACGCAAUUUCAUUCCAGAGAGAUUUUAAUGUACCUUUACAACACGACUCAGUUGGAACACAAAAUACACUUGUCGAUUCUAAUAUCACUGCAAAUCAUGAGACAGAACUCAGUGAACACAACAACAAUAAACUUCCAUCAACAAAUGAUACUUCACUCAAAAGACCUCUGAAAGAAAUUUUUACGCUACCAUUAGAAUAUUUACCAAAAAAAAAAGAGUUAAAUUAAAAAAAAGUGGAAUGUCAAAAUUACCAUCCGCGGGGACCUCUAAUGAAUGGUACCAACAUCAAUUGGAAAAAGAAAACCUUAAAAAAAUAAAAGAGGAAAAACUAAAAAAUAAAAAGAAGUUGCAAGAAGAAAAGAAAAAACUGAUGGACAAAGUAAAAGAACUGCAAAAGAAAAUUAAAGAAGAAAAAUGAAUUAAAUAUUUUGAUAAUUUACAUUUCUUACUCAUUUAAUCUAUAAAAGUCUAAUAAUUUGUUACUACAGGAUUAAGUUUAUUACCUAUUUUAUAAGUUAUGUGAUCUAAAAUUAAUAAAUAGUUAAUUUAAAAUAAGUUUUGUUGAUUUCUGAACUGUCUCAAAAAUAGGGACUUACAUUAUGAGACACUGGGGCCAUAUACUUUUCAAGUGUCUCAUAAAUAGGGUCCUAGAGGUUCCUCUCAUAAAAAGUUAUUAAUAUUAUUUUUGUGUAUAAACAUUUAUUGAAAACUAGUAAUAUUUAUCAAUUAAUCAUAAAAUAAUCGUAUGAUACAAUUUAUAUAGUAUAUUUGCUCAAAACAAAUUAUAUAAUAGCAGUAAUGUACGACUAACCUGAAAAAGUGUCUCAUAAUAUGGACUUUU